CAAACCAUGGAGGAACUGCAUUAAUGAAGCGUAUUAGUUCAUAAAAUCACAGUUAAGAUGCAGAUUGCGGUACAAUUGACUUUCCUUCUUUUCUGUGUUUAAUGUCCACACAUCUAUGAGUGGUACAUUCUCAGGUGAGUUCAGAGUUGAAGGCAGAAUGUUAAAAAUAUCUAUCAGCUGAUCAGUCAGCGUCUGAAGUGGGGAUAUGUUCCGUCUGUUGCCAGGUAAGAAGCCAACACCUGGAGCCAUGGGUGAGGUGCUGUCGCGUCCCAAAGUGCCCCUGUCAGCACUCGGCUCUAAUAUUUCCGUGACUCCAUCAGUCACGGCUGCAGUGACUGAUGAUGUGAGCAGACCUGCGGCGUAGUUUACCAAGUGUCUUCACCCUCGUGUGACUUGUGGUCUUCUGGUUUGUCAAUUUACAAACCCAGCAGCAGCUUAGCAACAGGCCUGCAUGUGAUAUGCUAAUGGCCUGAUCCUCAAAGUGUAGAAAUCUGAUUUCAUUUCAACAAAACAAAUUGAAAUGGAGAAACUAUAACCACAGUUUGGCCUCAAAAGGCCGCGACUUUUAAGAACAGAUGUCACGUAGGUGGCUUUAGCAGUGGCAUGAUCGGUUCGUCAUGUUUGUGCGGAGAUGAGCGCUGAUCUCUCUGUAUAUUUAGCACUUUUUUUAUUCUAUUCUCGUAAAAACGUUUUAAGUUUCAGGGAAACAGCUGAAGAUGUGUCAUGGUGCAUUGGUUCUUGCAAAUCUGGCGGGAAAAGCAAACAUGCUGCAGCAUUCAUUUCUGACUGAAAACUGUGCCUGUAAGGGUGUGUUUUAUCGUUUCAUGUAGCCAUUAGCACCUGAUAUAGAUGCCAGUCUAUAGGUGGAUAUUCCAGAAUAGUGACAUGAAGUGGAUUGAGCUAAGUCUGAGACUCCGGUUUCCUCCCUGAUCCUCAGAACCCUGCAGUCAUCAUGAAUUGUGCGACGACGUAAUCCGACUUGUUAAAUCCUCCUCAAAACACAAAAGAAAUGUCGGAUUAUUUUGAUUCCUUAUCUUGGCACACUGUAGUUACAGAUGAGGGGCCACAUGUGGCCCCCGGCCCUACAUAGCUCACGUCUGUCGAACGGCGCUAGCUAAAAUAGAAAGAUGCUAAAAUGCAACAUCAUUGGUUGUAUUUUUGACUCGCGCAGGACUCUUGUGAUCCAAACAGAAUCAGAAUGAUGGCAACACUCUUUCUCUUUCACACCUUGAAAUGUCUGAGAGGAAUAAGUCUUUAAAUGCGUUUCGACUCCGCCCCCCUCCUCGGCGACACCCCAGCUCCCUCAAGUAACUUUAUCGUGGAAAGCAAUUUCCCACUUUAGCCAGGCCUUACAUGGAGCUGCUAGCUGAGGCACUGGAUCAGAUUCAGGGAGGCAAACGAGUCCUGCUGAGGAAUGUCCGAUGUGCUUGAUGAAUGGGAUCCAGUCGUCUCCUGACCUAGCAACGCCGCACGUCCAACCCCUAAAUAAAAAGAAAGUUGGGGUUUUUUUCCCAGUCGGACUUCUAGAGGAAGAGUGGUAGGAAAGAGCAGCCACAUGCCGCAGCCAAAUAUUCAACAUCAGUGAGAGAAGAAUGAAGUAAAUGGAUCGGGGGUUUAGGGGGGUCGAAGUCACAGUCCAAACUGAGAGCGAAGAAAUGUCUGUGGCAUGUUGGAGCUCAUCUCCACUUUCAGCCACUUUGCAGUCUUCGUCUUGAUCCGAUCUCCUCUCCGGCUCUGUCCUUUGCUCUUUCCAACUCAGCUGUUUCUCGCCGCCACUCGUCCAUCACACCUCUUUGCUGAUCUCUGCUCUGAUAGAAGCUUGAAAGAUUGACUGUACAGAUGGAAUCACAUGUGGUUUAUGGACUUCAGCUCCUCAGACCAAACAGCCUGAAACCUCGCCCACUACUUUGAAUGUCUUUUUCUCAGCGCCAACAAGUCUAACAGGCCGGCAGGUGACGCGCCGUCGUACACUGGCCAGGGUUUGUUUUAUAAUCUCACUGAAGCAGAGCAACUCAUGUGGGCCGAUUCAUUCAGAGUCACAGGGACUCACUCACUACUUCCUGUUUAGUGAGCCGAUUCAAGAACAAAAUUCUUGAUUCUGAUGGGAAAAAGUUCAAAAUAGUCCAGCUUCCACGCGCAACACAUGCACUUGAAGCACAAACAAGCACCUGGAUUCAUUGUUACCUUUAAUAAUAUCAAUGUACAAGCCUGUCGAAGCAAACCUGGUGGCCAAAUUUGGGCCCCCGACCUCAGGUUUGGCACAUACACCAUUGAAAAAGCAGCUCUGGCGACCAACUUCCUGUCUGUCUUUGAUGUACUCCAGAGAUUUUCGGUCACACAGGUGUGGACGUUCCCUCAGCUGCUACACCAGAGGUGGAUAGUAAAAUUUCCUAAAGGGCCACAUUAUAAACUGUGACUCUUGUGAGGGGCCACCAUACCAAAAUGACUAAGAAACGGGACCGGAAAAAAGAAAAUCUCAAGUAAACAAGGACAAAAUGAACCAUUAAAGAUUCGGUGGAGGCAAGGAUAUUAAGAAGUGCAAAUAUGGCAUGAAGCCUAUAAAAAUAUUCAAUUGAUAUGUGAUUUAAUCUGAAUAUAAAUAACCAUAAAACUAUAUCAUAAAUAUUGAUGAAAUAUUAAAAGGAAAUUAAUUGUCUUUGAAUGUAAUUUGAGGAACAAAAAAAUACUAAAAUGGCGGACAAAAAGAAAUUUUAGCCAUGAACAUAAUUACUGUUGAAACAGUAAUGCUAAGAAAGAAACAAGACAAAAAAUAGUCCAAAAAAUUGCGACUUAUCAGUUGCAUAGUUUUAGUGUGACCUCAUGAGGGCCACAAAAACACAGGUAAAGGGCCACAUAUGGCCCCCGGGCCGCACUUUGCCUGGGUCUGUCCUUCACUAAAUUCAUGAAUCCUGACAUCAGAGAGGGAAGAGAGGAACCGGUCCUGAAGGUCAGACCCUGCUAACGCUCCUGCUCGGUUUCGGGGUCUUCCACAAGUUCCACCACUGACCUUGUUUUCAUGUACAUGUAGGUGCGAAGUGAGCGUCGGCUUCUGGAGCUGUGCUGCCACCGGAGCGGCCCAGGCGGCCGGGGUCACAUUACACUGACUCUGACAGUGUGGGGUUUUAAAUAGAGUGGUUGUCAACUCCUCACUGCUCAGAUCCAGCUAUUUUGGGAGGGAGGGAGGAGGCUGAGGGAUCAGUGUCUGGGCCCGGCCUCCGUGUCGCUCCCAGCCAGUGUUACAGCUGCAUCAGCAGCACAAGAAUUCCCAGUUUGCCGGAUGAUUUCAUUGAAGCCGGGUGCUCUGGAGAGACACGCAUGGUGAAUGAUGAUGACCUGGCCACCGCCCAGGCCUCCGGCCGAGAUGGCUCUCCAUUAGCAAAUAAGCCAAAGGUUCAUAGAGUCACACCCGGGGAACCAUGCAGGUACUCAGCAGAUUUCAUGGCAAUUUUCCCAGACAGCUGUAUGGGAUGGCUUCUUUCAAACUCACAUUUAUGGGUCUGGACAACUGCCUCUCUGAUGAAUGGGUCCCAGAGGAGCAUCUGCUCAGCUCACGGCCGCCACUUUAGCGCUGAUGUACUAUCACUGGCUCCGAAAUGGCUCUUUAUUGUCAUUCGACUCAAGGAAUAUGUCAAACUGUGUCACUCGCCGACCCGUUUGCCAACUAGGUAACCCAGCGCCUCGUCCUAGAUACUUAAACAUGGUUGUGACUCGGACUGGUUUGGGAACCAGAUCCGUCCUCGGGUUGUUCCAUCCAGGAUCUGGUGGUUCAAGAGUCAGAGAUGGAGCCUCCGCAAAGACGAGGGUGCCACAGUCAAGUGGCAUUCCCAGCCCUGCCUGACUUGAGCUGUGGGCACUGAGCAAAGAACUCAUCUGCCAGCUGGGUUAGCCUCCCGGAGUCAGACUAGGCGGAGGCCCAUGUCAGACCCGGGACUCGCGGCAGAGACUUACCUGCCCUGGCUGAGCCUUGUUACUCCUCUAUAGGAGAUGUGAGUGGGGUUAAGUGGGAAACAUGGACCGUCUCUUGGACUGCUGACCGGAUGGUAGCUAAUAUCCUAUAAAGGUACAUCGACGCCAGAUGUGAACUGGCAUCUGUGGACUUGUUUUACUCAGACAUCAAAGGCACUUCACAAGUAGUUCACCACAGAAAAUACUGUAGAUUCAAAGCAGGAUGAAACCAGCAUAAGAAUAACUCACCUGGAACGACUCGUUGUCCUCCAGGAAACAUCCUUGUGUCUCUGUCCCGUCAGAGGCGACUGCAAUGAGCGUGUCCAGCAAAUGUGCCGGUGAUAUUUGCUGAAACAAAGGUUGCCUCUUUUGGUAGUUUGUGUUCACAAAAAUCUGAUGGGAAUCUCAAGAAACACUGAGGUGACAGAAGGCUUUGAAGCACAUUGAACAGUGCAUGUGUCAGAAUUGAAUGUUCCCUUGACUGAAGGGUUCUGAACAAAGGUCCGCGAGAGUUAAACCAGUCGAGUCGGCAGGUUUCUCUUGCGGUGGGAGGUGGUUUGGUAUUGAUCAUGGGUGUGGGCAGCUGGGGGAGCAAUAGAUUGGUAUGUACCACUGUACACCUCCUUCAGUUGGAGCUCAAAGUCAGAGCCUCUGCAAGUGUUAAGCACUUUCUAUAUGGAGACCCUGGUGUGAGGAUGCUGACACAUAUUUUUAGACUCAUAACAGCUCAUCCUUGCUAAAUUAUCUGCACCUUUCAGCGUGCUGAUGUCCGCCAUGGUUGAACUGUCAGGUGUUUAUGAUGUCAAUGUAACAUGAAAUGCCAGGCCCAAGGACUUCACCUGCCCCUUCCGCUAACUCGAAGCUAACCCAACCCCUACCUCAAUUCAACCUUAACCUCAACUGCAAACCCAUAUCCAGUGGUAGCUGAACUAAGAGUUUAUUCCCUUUCAGAGCUGGAAACAUAUUCAUAUUGACAUUAAUAUUUCCGAGAUUAUAGUUAGCAUGAGAGCGGUCAGAUUAGCAUGGCAAGGUUUGGUGGCCCCCAAACAACGCCA